CGGAUGAAGCAGUUCCCAUCUCCAAGGAUUGUGGCUACACAUCUUCAUUACAACAAUAUUCCCAAGUCCAUCUUCAAAAAUAAAGCCAAGGUACUGGUGUUAUUUCGAAACCCUAAAGAUGCAGCUGCAUCAUUUUUCCAUUUUCACAACAACGCUCCAAGUAUUCCAAGUUAUAACUCCUGGGAUGAGUUUUUUUCGGCAUUUAUGGAUGGGCAAGUUGCCUGGGGAUCCUAUUUUGACCAGGCAGUUACCUGGAACAAACACAUUGAUGAUGAAAAUGUUUUUAUUCUGACAUAUGAAGAAUUAAAAGAGGACCUGCUUGCUGGCGUGAAGCGAAUAGCCGAAUUCUUUGGGUUUGCAGCUACAGCAGAGCAAAUUAAGUCGAUUGCAAGCAGGGCUGCCUUCCAAGCAGUGCGGGCCAGGUCACAGGAGACGCAUGGUGUGGCUGGUCCCCUUCUCUUUCGGAAAGGUGUAGUAGGAGAUUGGAAGAGCCUUUUUGACGAAGCACAGAGCCAGGCAAUGGAAGCUAAAUUUGAGGAGUGUUUAGCAGGAACCAAGCUGGGAGCAAAGCUAACGUAUGAUGUGUACUGCGAAGCGUGA